AGGGGAAACUGUUGACACUGUAUUGGAUGUUUAUAAAUUACAUAAAAAUUAAACAAUAAAAUUGGAGAAAACUGUUAAUAUGAGCACGUUAACAAGGAAAAUAAUUAUACUAUUAAGCAAAUCGCUAAUAAUUAAAGAACGUACAAGCAUGCAAUUGAUGAUUGUUAAUAGUUUUCACAGCAAUCAUCAAGUUUUAUACAAUAAAAAAAAAGUUGAAAGUAGUCUUAUACCUUCUCGUUUUAAUGUGGAUAGAAAAGAGAAAGAAACUUUCUUAGAUAUUAUACAUAAGUAUACAAAAGAAGAUACUGCAAGAAUAGGCCAAUUAAAAUUUAUUAUGGUUGCUUUAAAGUUUAUGGAUGAAUUUGGUGUAAAUAAAGAUAUACAAACUUACAAGGCAAUAUUUAACAUAUUUCCAAAGGGAAUAUAUGUACCAGAAAAUAAGUACCAAAAUGCACUUUAUCAUUAUCCACACCAUCAGGAUACUGCUAUGGCUAUACUCCGUAAGAUGGAAGAUAAUUUUGUAAUACCUGAUUAUGAAAUGUACCACAUUGUUUUAAAUACCUUUGGUGGUAAGAGUUUGGUAGCAAAAAAAGUUUACAGUCUCUUGUACUGGUUCCCAAAGUUUGCUAACUUAAACCCAUGGCCAGUUCCCAAACCUACACCCACAGAUCCAAAAGAUCUUGCAUAUUUAGCUCUGGAAAAGAUAUCCAGUAUAGAUUGUCAGACUAAUAUUACUGUAUACAGAACAAACAAUGUGCCAGAUGCAAUAGAUGAUACGUGGAUUGUAUCUUCUAUGUCUCAAUCACAACAAGAACUGCUGGCUGUACAACCAACUGAUAAAUCAUUAUAUGUAGAAGGUCCUAUUUCAGUUUGGGUUGAUCAGUAUUACAUAGAUUACUUUGUAUUGAAAGGAGAUCCAAUAAAAAGGAAGAUUAUUUAUGGAGAAUAUGAUGAUGUAUCUAAUUUGAAAAUUCCGUUUUGGGAGAAGCAUAAUUUUAAAAUACCUGUUACUAUUCAUGAACAGGAAGAUGGUGUGUAUUAUGCAAUAUGUGCCACUGGUACAUCUUCUAAAGACUCAUUGUUAUCAUGGAUAAGGUGUCUUCAAAAGACAAAUCCCAUUCUGAAGGAUGUACCCAUAACAUUCAAAAUGAGAUCUUUCACAGUUAAAUCAUCUCAUAUUGAUGAAGGUGAAAGGGUAUCUAAUGUGAAACAAAUAAUUUAAAGU